CAACUCCUCAUCUCCCCACUACAUUCACAUACACACACACGCACACACGCUACUCAUACACACACACACACUGUCCUCACACAGUACACACACACCACAGCCUAGCGUCACACUUUUCACACCUCUGGAAUACGUAUUCUGUUGGAAACCUCCUGGACCAGCGCACAGAUGCAGGUGAAGAUGAGGAUGAUGAGGGCCCUGGCCCUGCUGUCACUGCUGGCCUCCCUCAGCCUGGCCCAGAAGAGGUGGGCUGACGACCCCGCCAAAUGGAGCAGCAGAGUCCCAGACCAGUCCAACACCAAGGCCUGCUCCAACAUGACCCAGGUGCUGGACAACUGGAAGUUUGCCAUCAUGACUCAGGUGAAAGACAUGCUAGUCAACGACCACUCUGCAGUGUUGCCAGAAUACGGCAGAAUCAAGCCUCUGUCGGACGCCCUUGGUGACCUCUAUCAGCAGUUCAACACCCUGAAGGAGAACCUGGGGGCCUUGGGGGCCAAGUUUGACCGGGUGGAGGCCUUCGUGGACGACCUGCAGGCAGGGAAGUUCCCCAAGCUCAAGCCCAGGCCCAGGCUGCCGGCCCAGUCGUGGGCUGACCCCAAAUGGCCCCUCAGGAGGCCCCCGGGGGCCCGCAUCCCCCUGAGGGACGCCCCGGCCAGGGCCCAAGUCUCCGCACCCAAGGCCCAAGUCUCCGCACCCAGGGCCCAAGUCUCCGCACCCAGGGCCCAAGUCUCCGCACCCAGGCCUCUGAGGAUGAGGAACCCACAGAGGCGGCCUCAGCCGUAGGGAGGAGGGGAGACAUGGCUGGUACACCACAGUAAAGCUUACCGUUUUAAUUCAACACUUAGAAAGUGGAUUUGACAUCUUCUAUUUGGUCCUAGAGUAUUGUCUAAGUGUUGAAUUAACACUGCUGAAUGCACUGUAUAGUAAGUGGUGAGGAGACUAUGGGCUGUGGGGGUGUCUUUUAUUGAGUGGAGGUGCAAAACGCACACCAGAAACAGAGGUGCUGGCAACCAGUAAAACACUUGCAGGAGGAGAGAAGUGUCGCACACUCUCGACUUAAAUAAACAAGUUUUUAAUGUCACAACAUUUCGGCCUGUUGACCUGAGGAUAUCACAUGACCUGAGGAAGGCCGACAGGCCGAAACGUUGUCACAUUAAAAAAGUUGUUUAUUUAACUCGAGAGUGUGCAGCACUUCUCUCCUCCUGCAGGUGUUUUUUAUUGUCAUGCUAUUGUCACCACACACAGUAUAGUGCAAUAGCAAAUGGAAAAGUAAAAGAAAUGGAGAAAAGAUGGUGAAUACGGAUUUAGAGUGAAAGAGGGACAUGGUACUGCAUGCUACUCUGAAAAUGGCGUGGGGUGGGAAUAGCAGAGAUGGGAAAGGGGUAACAGGCUGUACAUAGUUGUUUUGUGUCUUUAAUUACUGAGUUUAAUGCCCAUAUCUGGAGUUAAUUAUAUAAUUUAUAAUCAA